GUUGAUCUAAGCCUCUUCUUCUAUCGUUUUUAUAAGUGAAGAAAUGUUUGGGGCUUUUACGAAAAUACAUAGAAAUACAAGACCUUUUCUGUAAAAUUCGAGGACAAUGCCAAAUCCUUUUUUGACUCUUUACAAAUCUCCCGCCUUAAUUUCCCUCCAUAUUUUUUUGUGGUUUUCUCUUACCAAACUAAAAGUAACAGACUUUCACUUGUCCUCUUGACUUCACGUGUGAACAUGUUAGAUCUGGACAACAUGUCUAUGUCGGCAUCCGUGUCUCUCACUUGCUGCCCUGCUUUUCUCCCGGCGGCAACAGGGCCGGAACUAGCUAAACCGAUCGAUUCCCCGGGGAACAUAGCCGAAGACUGCAAUCCAGAACAUAAACCGAUGAUUCCUCCUGCGGAAGAGGUCAGAGACAUCAACAAUGCCAUCACUGUUUCUAACGGAAGACAAGAUCCGUCUGAAAAAUCAAAGAAAGGGUUGGUUCUUGAAGAUCAUGUGAAAAAUUGGGUCAAGAGAAGAGUUGAAUCCGGAGUUUCUGAGUCGAGAUGUGUACUCCCUUUUCUCGUUGGAGCUAAGAGAAUGGUUUGGUGUCAGGGUGACUGUCUUGUUUGCCGUAAGCUGGUGUAUCCUGGAGAAGAAGUGAUGUGCUCUGUUCGUGGCUGUCAAGGGGUCUAUCACUUGUUCUGUGCCAAAGAAAGUCUCGGUUUUCAUAAUCUUGGGAAAUUUAGGUGCCCUCAACAUGAGUGCUUUGUCUGCAAACAGAGAACUCAGUGGCGGUGUGUAAAGUGCCCAAUGGCGGCUCAUGACAAGCACGCUCCAUGGCCUAAAGAGAUACUUCACAUGAAAGACCAACCAGGGAGAGCAGUCUGUUGGAGGCAUUCAACUGAUUGGCGGCUAGACACAAAGAGUGGAGAUGCACAGAGUGAGAUAGAGGAGGUGUUUUGUCAAUUGCCUUUGCCAUAUGUAGAAGAGGAGUUCAAGAUUGACUUGACAUGGAAAGAUUCUGUUGCCAAAGAUGACCUCCCUCCUUAUGUGCACAUCAGGCGUAAUAUAUAUCUUGUGAAGAAGAAGCGUGAUAAUGCUAAUGAUGGUGUUGGGUGCACUAACUGUGGCCCUACUUGCUGUAGAAGCUGUGUUUGCAGGGUUCAAUGCGUAAGCUGUUCAAAGCGAUGUGGAUGCCCUGAAACUUGUGGAAACAGACCAUUCCGCAAGGAUAAGAAGAUCAAAAUUGUUAAGACCAAACUUUGCGGUUGGGGGGUAGAGGCAGCAGAAUCCAUUAACAAAGAGGACUUCAUUGUUGAAUACAUCGGUGAAGUGAUUAGUGAUGCUCAGUGUGAGCAAAGGCUUUGGGAUAUGAAGCACAAAGGACUGAAAGACUUUUACAUGUGUGAGAUUCAAAAAGACUUCACAAUUGAUGCCACCUUCAAAGGAAACGCUUCUCGCUUUCUAAAUCACAGCUGCAACCCAAACUGUGUUUUGGAGAAGUGGCAAGUUGAAGGUGAGACCCGUGUAGGUGUCUUUGCAGCUCGUCAAAUAGAAGCAGGAGAGCCACUUACAUAUGAUUACAGAUUUGUGCAGUUUGGUCCUGAAGUAAAGUGUAACUGUGGUUCUGAAAACUGUCAAGGUUAUCUUGGGACAAAGAGGAAAGAACCAAACUGUUUGGUUGUAUCUUGGGGAGCAAAACGCAGAAGAGUGUCUCACCGACCUUUAGCCCAUAAGUUGCAGCAAGACUAGCUUCAACAAACCCUGGAGAAUAUCUGUAAACAAGCUUGUCUGUUGUACUUCUGUAGUAACCUCUGAGGAGUUUCACUGUAACUUCUAUUUUCUUACACACAAACAACUCUAAUGAGCAAAAAACCUGAUUCUUUGUGGCUUAUGCUUAUAGUUUGUCUUUUAUGUGAUUGUGUUUUGAUUAUGGACAGUGGCUGAUGAAAACACUUUUGCUUGUAA